GUUUUUUUUGACAAUUUUUAGGUUUCUUUAAGUAACAGCCCUGCCGUUAUAUUUUCCUGAAAUUUGAUACGCCUACCUAGCUUAUGCUACUGAAUAUAUGAUACGAAGAGGAGAAAUGGUGAUCAGCAGCUCCAAGUAUGAUGUUCAAACGACCAGUAAGUCAGUCUUCCAUGUCAGAAUGACCGUUAUCGUAAGGCAGCUACAGCGAGAAGAUGUUGGCAGUUACAGAUGUAUAGCGAAGAAUUCCUUAGGAGAAGUAGAGAGCAACAUCAGACUUUAUGAAAUCCCAGGCCCGACCAAACCAUACGGCCCAUCAAUCGAUGAGGAAGACUACAACGAACAGUUCGGCUCUGCCGAACGAGAAGAAGACGUCCAGCUCAGCAAUUUGGAUAACGCAUCGUACCAGGAAUCCACAACUGAGGCGCCACCGCGUGUCAACUACAUGAACAACAAAGUUAUUGGAGAUGAAGAUAUGGUCUUGAUGACUGAAGAUGAUGCAGAAAAGGACGAAAUAUCGGAUAGUAGGAGAACGCAAGCGAAUGCAAGGCUGUUGUACUUGGUUUUGUUAGGAAUGAAGUACUUUGUUUAACUGUUUUGAGUCUGAGAUAUUGAUGAAAUUGGUUUUUUAACAAGUGACAAUAAAUUAUAGAUCGUUUGUUCGCUUAUAUAUUGUUUAUAUGUAAAUAUUUGUAGCUUGUUUACAAGAUUUUAGUGAUGUAGUCCGAGGGCUGUUGACCAUUUUACGUCCAACGUUUAUUGUCAGAUGCAAAAAUUUUAUUUAUUAAUAACGGUGGCAAUACCAGUCGUAUUGUCGUAAUUGUCGGUUCAAAAUUUGUUGUUUUUAGUAUAGAGAGAAAAUUUUCAACUUUUUAAAGGUUCAACAUUAAAUUUAGUAAUGACAAAACGAGUCUGUAGUAACCUUGAAGGAAGUCCCAUUGGUCAACUUCUUGAGUUUUGUUGCUAUAAGCAAAUUUAUUAUGUAUCCGUUCAGUUCACUCUGAUAUAUUUCUUGCGAAACUCUAUAUGUGUUUGCAUCUACUCAGAUGUCAAUGCCAUCUUUUCCUAACCUACAGAGAUAUAUAAUUUAUAAGCUGUGCUAGUUUGAUUCGGCGACAAAAGGUUGACAUAAAAUGGCGAAUCGGACCCAGAAAAUCAUGAUAUUUUAGCGAAAUUAUUUCCUUAAAGUCAGCAGAAACAUUAUAGAUAUAUCUAGAUAGACUCAUCUGUUCAAAGCUAGUAAAAAAAUUUCGAGAAGGGAACUGAAAUAUAAAGACAAAUUAGUUUCAACAACGAUAAAUUUUAGCUACAUUGUUUGAAAAAUCGGUAGGGUCACUUACAUUGGAUGAUUUUGAAUUUUGUGACAUAUUCGAGUUACUGAUGACAGAUUUGAAGUUCAAGACAGUCUUGAGCGACGUAGAGGCCCUAGGGUAGAGCAAUGCACACUGGAGAAUGGGCAACGAGACAUUUUUUUUUAUAUUUUGUUUUAUUUUUAGGCAUUUGUGGGCCUCCAUCAAUCAAGGGACCUGGGCGUGCUCUUGUGCCCAUAUGGUAAUGACGGAGUUUGUUACACUUGCGAUUAACUUUUAAUGUUUGAUUUUGAGACAGUUGAGAACUAUAAAAGAUAUCGGAGUGAUGUUUUGUAAAAUAUUCAAAGGUGCAUUUACAAAUUCCAGAAAGUGUCCAACUACUGUUAAACCGACCCAUGAAAAAUAUUAUUGUAGAUGUCGUUUAAAUAACAGGUAAGUGAUUUUGAACAAAACUGCCUUAUCUACAAUGCUCUAGAGAAUUUUUUCGGAGAAAUGAAGCGCAUAUUCGGUACAUUAUAUACGAAUAAAGUUCAUAUAUAUGCUUCAUUCCUAUCCAUGUUUGGUAAACCUUACCUUACAUUUCUUGAAACCAGAUGAAGAUGCUGAAUAUAGCCUCGAUAUUUGGAAGCACGUUAUCAGAGGAUACAUUAACACUUAUGAUAUUAAGUUCUGGAGCAACUUAUAGCACUGGCAUCAGUGCCGGCAAGUCUUUACGCUUAGUGAAAUACAUUAUAUCAAUAUUAGUAUCUUGAGGCUAACCAGAUCGGAUUUUGGAAAUACACCUUCCUAAACCAAAUUUGAGCAAAAAAGUUCAUAUAAACAUAUGUGCUAAAAAAGCCUUGUUCUCAAGGAAUAGGGUGUCGAAUUUUAAAAAAAAUGGUCAUUACCAGCAUUUUUCAGAAAUAUUUUUCCAAAUUGCUUUUUUACAUUGAAAAAUGGCCUAUCAAUAAGCAACGUGUAUGAAUCACACUAAAAUGAUUCUAUUUUAACAAGUUUUUAACAGUCAAGGUACGGAAAUUAACAACAAUCUGACAACCUGUUUACAAAAAAUGUUGGAAAUGACCACCUUCAGCUUCUAUGGAGGCGUCUGCUGUCAUAUUUCAGCAAUUUUUCGGCAUGAUAUGAAGUUAUUAUUUUUCCCUGAAAACCAAGUAUACUGUGGAAAGUGGCGUACAUUUUUGUAUCAAUAUUAUUCGUCUGUCCUUAGAGGCGCUACUGGAAUUCGUAAUUAUAUUCUUGUUAGUGCUAUCUUAGAGCCUUAUUGCAAUAAACGGAAAAUAGAAAUGAAUUAUUAAAUCGCCAAAAAGAUUUUUGAGAUUUUAAUAAAGAAACGAUUUUUCAAACUUUGAUUCCUUGUAUGUUGGAGGCCAGUCUUUUAGGCAGACGUCUAUAUAACUUUCCUACUCGAAUUUAAUUAAGCACAUCAUUCUGUUUAUCCCCGGUAAUAUGGAUUUUAUAAAGAAACUUACUUCGCUUUACAUAGAGACGGAUCCAUGCUGGUACAAUUUUGUUUCAUAUUUUGGGUGCUGCUUAAUAUGUCGUCAUAUUUUCCUGAACGCAUUGUAUAACAUCCAGCGUAUUCGGGGAACGUUCAUGGAGAUAGAUCUCAGUUCACUGAUAUUUGAUCUCCCAGCAUGCAAUCCAAGAAAAUAGACUUAAGAACAUCACUGAUCGUAUUUUCACCUCAUCAUGUCUGAAAACAGUUUAUCAAACAUAUUAGUACCACAUAACUGGAUUCUUUUGAUUGUGCAGAAAAAAGGCUGUUCACCUUUCAGGGGUGCGUGGUGUGUCGCAGAACACAAAGCAGAAUUCGUCGUUAUAAAGACAUCACUUAUCCCCAUACCUCCGUUCCGUUCACCUGCGAUCACGAAAUAACCAUUUUUCAUGUUUACCCUCCUCGAUAUACGCAGCACCUCCCUUACGAUUUACAGCUUAUUCUCCGGCUCUCUCAGAAUGUGUAUGUAAAGCUGUUAUAUAGUAGCUAGGAAGAAGAAAUGGCUGAGGUGCAAUGAAUGUCCUGAUAGAGCAAUCCACAAACUUAUCUUUAGAAAACAUUAACAACUAAACAUAACAAUGUUGACAAAAAUAUACUCAAUAAAACUUGAAUCCAACAGGUUGGGAAAAAAGCUUGAACGUAUCCUGAACGGUCACACAAGCAGAUGACGGAAUAGGUACACUCCACAAUCAUAUAAUAUUAACUGGAAAAUCGCCGGUAUUGAAGUCCCUAAUGCUGAUCGAGUACUGAACUACUUCAGGAGCUACAUAUGGGCACAUUUAUUUGUGACUUUACUGAUCACAGACACCACUGGCAUUUACUCAGUAUGGUCUGUUUUUGGGAAUACUUGCAAAAUCAUCCUGUACCCUGGAAGAUAUUGUGAUCUUAGGACCAAAAGCUCCAUUGGAGUCUAACGUUAGGCACUCAUCUGACGAUGACAAGCCGUCUUUCUCAUAAGUGUAGAUAAUGUCUCUGGCAUUUUGGCAUUUUUUGGAAAGAUCUCUGAAAUGCCUCUUUCUUAGCCUUGAAAUCAGUUACAUUCGUUUAAUCCUGACGUCAGCGGUGGAAAACUACUUCGUGCAUGAAGAACGAUAUCAGGAAAAAAUUGACCCAUAGGUAAAAAUAAUAAUUGAAGUAAACGAUGUUUAGUGCAUUUUCCUUUGAUAUCUCGAAAACCAUGUUUCCUCAUUAGUACUCGAACCAAUCUUAAUUCUAGGAUAAUUUGAAAAAUUUAAAUACGAGUAUAUCCUUAAGAGCCGCUUAACGUCUUUGUUGGAUUUGGAAUAUUAUCAUAUCGAAACUGUGACGUGAAAAUGCUUUCAGGAAUUGGAAUUAUUCAUAUAGAAUGGAAGGAAAACUGUCAAGACAUCAUAUCUUAUCCGUUUGUCUGAAGUUGAUAGGUGAAUAACCUUCCCGUGAUAUAGACAUUACCUGGAAGGAUUCGAUAAAAAGUAGAAACCAUUAUUGUCUGUAAUAAUCUCUGUGCGAUAAGGGAUAAUCCGAAUAACCACACAUCAAUAUAUCGCAAUACAAAUACACUAAGGAGCUUCAGAACUUCAGUGUUAUAUUGAUUUACGAUACAAAGGUUAGAAUAAUCUCAAUAUGCACACAUACGCUGAGAGCUGUUAUGGAAAGCUACAAUAAUCGUGGCCCGAUUUAAGUCUCAUGAUAGUACUUGGAUGUGUGUACUUCAAAGAAGCUGAUAUUAGCAUUCGUUUGGGAUACAUAGAUGUUCAAAUCCAUUGAAUUUUGGAGUUUUUGCACAAUCAGUUUGAUAUGUUACUCAUUGUCUUUUUGGAAAAUGUGUAUUCAUAGAUCAUAACGUUAGGUUCACGUAUGUAACAAAAAGUAUAGAUGAAUUUGACGGUGCAAAGAUCAUGGUGUGUCCUGAAAUAUGAAUGAUGCGAAUAAAUGGAUUACCAUCCAUUAUUACCAAGAUAGGUGAUGGAUGUAUGUAUAUAAUAAUGGUGAUCAACAUUGCUAACUAAAUAUUCGUAUAGACCCAAAAAUCUGCGUACAUUGCCUUAUUCAACUCUUGCGAUUUCUAGUUACGAUAAACUAGGAGGAUCAGUAAUAGGUGGCGCUCUGUGCUGUCUAAUUUCAAUCAAUGUAGAACACUUUACUUUGUAAUUUUGAUCUACAUAAAAUAUAUCAAAAGCCUGGCAUGUGGCUCCGAUGUUUGUAAAUCGUUGUCGCUUUGUGUCUGAAAAGACAUAAGACAAGAGAUCGCAAGUGUAGGCUUACCUUAAGAUUGUAUAAACCUUCGAAGCUUUGUUUUUUGUAGAGAGACCUUUCGCAAUGUAUUUGAAUUUGCUUGAGAUUACGUUUUAUGACAACGACUUUACUGUAAUAGGUUCUAUUUGUUGCAAAAUUUGUAUAGAUUUUAUUAAAAGUGUAAUUGAUAUAAAG